UUAAAGGCAAAAAUAUUUCAGAUGGCUCUAUUAGGCUGCUGCUUCCUCUGCAGUGGACUCGAACUCUGCCUGAAAUGUGGCUGGAAUACGAAUGGACCUUUGGCUUAAAUAUUCGCAUUUAAAAGUUUAUCAUUUUUUUGAAUUGACUGAAACAUCAGAGCUAAGUGUGUGUGUGUGACGAGCAGGGAGGCUGAGGAGACGAGGAGGAGGAGGAGGAGGAGGAGAGAGGAGGAGGAGGACCUUCGUAGGGGGGACUGACGGCAGAUGCCUUUGCAGCAGAGGACCAAGGAGGAUGUUAGUGUGUGUGUUGGUGUUGCGGGACAAAAUGCGGAUCGGAUUGUAAUGCUCCAAUUUUGCUCCACGUUUUGAGUGCCGUGUAUCGUGCAUGCAUCUGCUGCGAAAAAGAGUCUGUGUGGAAACACCGACAGGGGGACAUUUUCAACUAGUUGAAAAAAGAUGGACGGGACGACUGGAACAGUGCACUUCUGCAUGACUGAGUCACUUCCUCAGAAGAUGUAGGCUAGGUCCCAGGGAUCCUCCAGCCUACUCCUGGGUGAAACAGCUCGGGUAUUCUGUUUAAAUUGAACACCUACAACCUUGGCAACAAUGGAAAGUGGAGUGUUUUUGCCCUGUCUGGAUCAGUUCAUGCUGAGCCCACUUGUCACUUGGGUAAAGACAUUCAUGCCAAAUGAUGGAGGCAUGCACCUGGACUUCUCUGAAUUGCUGGAUGGAGUCUUUUUGAUUGACAUCAUGACAGAAAUAAAUCCUUCAACAUCUCAGGAGGUAAACAAAGUGAGCAGAGAUCCAAGUCAGAGGAUACAGAACCUUAGCUUCCUCGUGCAGCAAAUCAAGACAUUUUAUUUGGAGAAUCUGAGACAAUUAAUCAUGAUUCCUUUGCCAAAUGUGCUGCUGCUUGGCAGGACUCCUUACUCUGAACAGAGUCUGGAGGAAAUAAAGAAGCUCUUACUGCUGCUGUUGGGAUGUGCAGUGCAGAGUGAAAAGAAAGAGGAGUACAUCGAGAGGAUCCAGACGCUUGACUUUGACACCAAAGCUGCCAUAGCUGCACAUAUACAAGAGUUGACUCACAGUCAGGAGAAUGUUCUGGACCUGCAUUGGUUGGACUCCAGUGAGGUGCACCUGGAUGAGCUGGAAGCCGGGGCGAGGAACAUGGCAAGGCACCUCCGACAUCUGCUGGACCAGAGGGACACCUACGUCGAAACUAUAGCAGAGCUAGUGCAGGAGAAGGAAGGUGUGGUGAGCUUGCUCAGUAGCCCCUCCAGCCCGCAUUCAGCCAGCUUCUCUCCCAGCAUGCAGCAGCAGCAGCAGGCCGGGACACAGCAACACCUAGCAGUGGAGCUAGCUGACUCAAAGGCCAAGAUCAGACGACUUAGACAAGAACUAGAGGAGAAGAGUGAGCAGAUUCUGGACAGCAGACAUGAGCAGGAGAACAUGGAGGCAGAGCUGAAGAGGAUCCAGCUGGAGAACUCCCAGCUGCUUGUGGACGCCCGUGCAGCUCGCACUUACCGUGACGAGCUGGACGCCCUGAGAGAGAGAGCCAUAAAGGCAGACAAGCUGGAGAGUGAAGUGGGACGCUACAGGGAGCAACUGCACAAGAUUGAGUUCUACAAGGCCAAAGUGGAGGAGCUGAAAGAGGAUAACAGAGUGCUGCAGGAGACCAAAGAGGUGUUAGAGGACCAGUUGGAAGGCUGGAGAGCACGCUCUGAUAAAAUCCACCAGCUGGAGAAGCACAGCCUGCUGCUAAAAGGCCGGAUCCAUGAUAUGGAACAGGAGAGGGAGGGAGAUCGGAGGCGCAUUGAGGAGCUGCAGGAGGAGAACCUGGCUCUGUGUUUGGCUCAGAGGAGGAGUAUGGAGGAGUCCCAGCACCUGGGUUGGGAGCUCGAGCAGCUUUCCAAGACCACUGAGAACUCUCAGGGCCAGCAGACUCUGAGCGAGGAGGUGAGUGAGCGGACCUGCAGUCGGAUGCUGAAGCUGGAGAAGGAGAACCAAAGUCUCUUAAGGACCAUUGAGCAACUCAGAACUGCCUCUCUGAAAAUCAGUUCAGAGCAGAAACACAGACAGCACCUCCAGUGUCACCAUGUCUCUGACAGUAAGAACUGUACCUCAUCAGCAGGUGAAAGCACAGGGUUUCAUGCCUCCUGCCCACUAGAAAAAUGUACUAAUGCAAUCCGGCAGAGUGGAGAUUUGAACCACCAUCAGCCACUCCGUGCAGAAGAGGCAGAUGGAGUCCAGAGUGAGAUCCUCCUCACAGCUAAUCCACACCUUCAUGUUCGAGAGAAAGGACAGCUGGAGGAUGGGGAUGGUGGAGAUGGUUUCAAAGAACUCAUGUCUGAUCUGGAAGUGUUAGAAAACAAUCACAAUCGAUUCCAUUGUUUUGUUGGAUCACGUGAUCACUCCUCUGGCUCAAAGAGCAGCAGUCCCUGCCAUGACAGCAUCCUCACAGGUCUGCCAACACGCUCCUCCUAUGCCAACAAACACACACAGCGGCUGGAGGCCAAGUGCAGAUCUCUGGACACAUUUAAUCAGCAUCUACAGACUUGUCUUGACAACACCGACAGGAAAGUCCAGCGCCUGGAGGCAGAGGUUCAGGAGCUUGAGGCAGAGAACCACAGUCUGCAGGCCACUCUGGAAGAGCUGAGGAUCUCUACGCGACGGCUGGAGCAACUGGAAGCAGAGAAGCAAAGCUUGGAGCAAGAAACUGCAGUCCUGGAGAGGGAGAAGAGGCAGCUGGAGAAAGAGAAUCGACGACUCCGUCAGCAGGCUGAAAUACAAGAAGCCAACUUAGACAGCAGCAACGUCUGCAUGGCCAGCUUAGAGAGGGAGAUGCGUUUCCUUGUGAAGGAGGUGGAAGGGUUAAGGGAGACUGCUGAGAGGGUCAAAGGCCUGGAAGGAGACAACAGAGAACUGAGCAAGCAAGCAGCUAUCGACCAGAGGACCCUGGCCACGCUCAGAGAGGAGCUUGUGAGUGAAAAGCUGAAGACGCAGCAGAGAGAUAAUGAAGUGGAGAGACUCGCUCAUGAGUUGGAAAUGAAAGUGCUGAACCUGGAAAUUACACAACAUGCUGAACCAGGGACGCCAGACAACAGGUUCAAGAUGCUGGAGUCAGAGUUCGAGUCUUCUCUGAAAAUAUCUCUUCAGAUUAAAGAAGACAAGAUGGCAGCUCUGGAGGCUCGUCUGCAGGAAUCCUCCUGCCUGAACCAGCAGCUUCGACAGGAGCUCAAGAGUGUGAAACUGAGCUAUGAGGCCCUGCAGCAGAGGCAUGAGGAAGAGAGGUCAGCAUCUAGUCCCAGCCCUCCAAGAGAGACGGGCAGGGUGAUGAGCGAGUGGCUGCGUGAGAGCCAGGAGGCCACCAAGGAACUGCUGAAGCUCAAAGACCGUCUCAUUGAAGUGGAGAGGAAUAAUGCCACUCUGGAGGCAGAGCGCCAGGCUAUACAUGCCCAGCUGAAGCAGCUGGAGAGUCAGUCCCACAGUCAGCAGGCUCAGGUCCUCGCCCUGCAGAGGCAGGCUGCAUCACUGCAGGAGAACAACACAGCCCUGCAGACACAAAAUGCUAAUCUGCAGGUUGAAAAAUCCACCCUGAACUCACAGAGUGCCUCCCUCAUGGCCCAGAAUGCUCAGCUGCAGCAGCAGCAGUCUGGGACAGAGAGCGAGCGAGAUAGCGCGAUAAGAGAGCGCGAAGAGCUGCGUGGUGUUCACGAGCAGCUUCUUCGAGAUCACGAACGACUGGCUGCCCUGCAUGAGCGGCAGGCCAUGGAGUACGAGGUCUUGAUGGGCAAGCAUGGCUGUCUGAAAAAUGUACAUCGCACCCUGGAGCUGGAGCAUCGCACGAUGCAGGACAGGUACAAUAGCCUGCUACAGAAGAGGACAAAGCUAGAGGACCUGGAGAAGGCCCUGAAGGAGGAGCAGAUGAGGAUGGCUCUGGAGAAAGAGCAGCACAGGACCACGGCUGCUGAGUGCUGCAGACUCCGUGAUGAGAAGGACUGGCUGAACCAGACAUACCAUCAGCUUCUGAAGGACAAUGAGGUGCUGACAGCGGAUCACAAGCAGCUGAAGGGCCAGCUGAAUGAGGCCAAGCUGGAGCACACCUGGCUGGAGGCCGACUUCUCCAAACUCAAGAAGGAGUUUCAGCAGCUGGACAUCACCUCCACAAAGCUCACCAACCAGUGUGAGUUGCUGGGGCAGCUAAAAGGCAACCUGGAAGAGGAGAAUCGCCAUCUGCUGAGCCAGAUUGAGACCCUGAUGCUACAGAACAGAACUUUGUUGGAGCAAACUAUGGAGAGCAAGGAUCUGUUUCAUGUUGAGGAGCGACAGUAUAUUGACAAGCUCAAUGAUCUGAGGAGGCAGAAAGAGAAGCUGGAAGAGAAGAUAAUGGACCAGUACAAGUUUUAUGAGCCAUCGCCCCCUCGCAGACGAGGAAAUUGGAUAGCUCACAAACUGAAGAAGCUGAUUAAGUCCAGUAGCCGUGAUCAUGGACUUGACCCCCAACACACACCCACACAUUCAGGUGUUGGUGUUCUUGAGUCCCAACUCCCCUGUCUCGACAACGGCUCCUUCAUCAGCUCAGAUGGCUCUGGAGGCUCCACCUCUGCAGGCGAUGUCAUCUCGCCUCACCGGCACAGCACCACUCUGAAAAUGUUCCCCCGCAUGAGGAACAGGAUGAAGGACAGAGACAAAGUCAAGUCCCUCUUCCGUCGUUCCAUGUCCUUGAGCAGCUUGGUAAACCCCUCAGCUCCGUUUGAGGAGAAGCAGUGGGCAAAGAGUUCAGAGAGACUUGAAGACUCUGAGAUUGCUGUAGAGGAGGACACGGAGAACGCAUUGACCUCAUCCCUAACCACAUCCAUCUUAUCCAUCCUCCACCUGAAUCAUCACACCACCCCGCCAUGUGGCCCCAUCGUCACCAUCACCACCACAACCACAACCACUGACUCAGCCGACACUGCUGUAGGUGUUCCUGAGCUUUGGGUGACAGACAAGGAUUCGAAUGACAGCGCUGUGCCAUCUGGAUUUGAGGACGACGAGCUUCAAAAUAACGAACUUUGUGUUCCUCUUCCAGUGGUGAAUGGUGUCCAGAGCCGAGCCCAAAGCGAGAGCAGUGGCGAGUUCAGCAUGAGUCUGGAGAAUGAGCCAUGGUCAAAUGGAAGCAGCCCCGUACAGCAGCCGCCAUCAAGACGCUCCUCCUCCUCCUCCCAGCAACCUGCUGAUACCUCAACUCCUCGCCACAUGCAGAGGAAGCAGCAGCACAAAGAGAAAGCUGCUACCCUGCCAGUCAUCAACAGCCAGAAAUUAGAUAUGCAGUCAGUGCAGAGGCAGAAGGAACCUGGGCUCUCUCAGGACUUCUGGCUCACAAGGGGUACAAAGAGUAUCCGAAGGGGGUCAAGAGCAAAAGUGACACGUCGUUCAUCAGAUACAGGGAAUACAGACAAGACGAACCCAGAGCCAAGUGGAAUGAAUCCCAAACUGGGCUCCAACGAAGUUGAAGCUACUCGAGCCUCAGCCUGUUCACCUAUCACUGUGCUAUAUGUUCAGGGUAAGUCUUCAUCAAUGUCUGGUUGCCUCAACUGCUUCUCCACUCCUCUGGGAAAAGAGGGGCGUCUAAGAGGGCCACGGUCCCCAAAAAGUCUCCCCCGAGCCAGCAGUGUCAUUUCCACUGCAGAGGGAUCGUCCCGACGCUCGAGUGUCAACAGUGAUUGCAGGGUGACAGUCAAGACUGAGCCGCUCUCUGUCCAGGCUCAAGAAGAUAAUAACCAAGAGAAAACAGUGACUGAGGAACAACCAGAAUCAGACACCAAAAGGAGCGAGCCUGAACCCAUUCCUCCUGUAAAACCUCCCAGAGACCCAACAGUUGUGGUUCCCUCAGACUCCAAAACCCCUGUGCAGGAGUCUCUUUUUGACCCCUCAUUCACUUUUAACUCUGUCUUUUCAAACACCAUCUUUAGUGAUUCUGUGGUCACCACCACCUCUAGUCUUGAUGACCUGGGUAAAAAACAGACCUUGCCCUGUCUGGAUCAAUCUCUGGUGGAAAACUGUCCACUUGAGAAAAAGGAGUUUGUCCUCCACACUCCACAAACAGAAACACUCAGUAUGGAGAAUGAGAAGAUUCAGACUGCAGAGCAUUCAGCUGGGCUGGAGGAGAAGGACAAGCUACACACAAUUGCAUAAAGCAGUUGUCAUGUCUGUAGGCAAUGAUUAGUUCAGUUAAAGCAGGUAGCUUCAAGAUCUUUUUGUUAUCACCUAAAGCACACAGUUUAAGUCACUAUAGUAGAAUAUGUUACAUUUUAUUCCACUGACUACCAGAUUAUAUAUUAACCAUAAGAGAUGUGAGUAAACCAUGCCUGGAUACCUUUAGUUCUGAUUUGUUUCCCUUUAUUCUGUAACAUUUCUGGCUUUUACAACACUAUUGUGAUUCCUCUGUAAUAGAUCUCGAGGCUCAUAGUAUUGUUUUCUCAUUCUGUUUGCCUUUUGCACAAACUCUGUUUAUUGUGACUGAAUGACAAAGAAUAAAAUAAAUAUGUUUUUGUUUUUGUUUUUUUGCCCGCUAAAAUUAUAUUUGUGUCGUUUAUCUUUAUGUUAACAUACUGACAAUCCUGUAAUGUGUACAUUUGUUUACCAAAAUGAUUAAAGUACUGCUGUUUCUAUUUAUGUGUUGUUACUUGACAUACAUUGAAUUUUAUGUUGAUUGCUGUAUCUGUUAAAUUUUAAUGUGGAAUGUUUCGCUUACAUGUAUGAAAUUGUGUAAAUCUUGUAAGAUAUGAUGUGUACCUGAAAGCUAUUUCCCCUUCAAUAAAGAAACCCUCUGAAAAACCUU